AGAAGUUGUGAAAAUGUGCAAAACAGACUAGUGCUUUAUUAUUAGAUAAACAGACUAUUGGAUUAAUAGAUAGAUUUUUAAUUAUUGUCUCAGCUUAAAAAUUCUUUAUUCUAUGAGGAAUGAGAAGCUCUAAUAACGGUAGGUACGGUAAUCGGUAACGUAACGCACGGAUAUGAAUUCUUUUUUGAGAAUAUUUUAUGAACAAGCUUCAAUUAAUGAAUAAUUGAAAUACUUUUUCAUACAUAAAAUAUGAAAAGAAUACGAGGAACAAGGACUGUGCUCUCAUAUACCAAUCUACCAAUAAAUAGAAAAUAGGUAGCUAUUUUCCUCAUUUUAAAAAUUACCCGCUAAACUUUACGCAUGCGUAUGUGUUAUUAUUUCCAAGUCCCAACCCAGAACUGAUUUCCUGUUCUUCAACAUAACUUGAGACUGUUCAAAAUCAAUAAUUAUCAAUUAUGAGUUGCAAUACAGUAGAGGAUGGAAGCUGGCGUAUAUGCGGACAAUCUCUUCGUACAGGAACAAUCAUCAUUGGAUUGCUUGAUAUUAUCUGUGCAAUAUAUAGAGGUGUCAAUGCAGCAAAAUGGUUGGUUGUUGAAAUAGAUCAAAUAAGAAAAGGUGGAGACACUUCAGGUGUUUUCAUGUCGGCUGUGGUCGUUAUCAUUCUGCUAUUAGCAUUGCUCCAGUUCAUUGCAUCUUUCAUAUUGUUGUGGGGUGUUAGGAACGGACUCUCCUCAAAAAUCAAACUAUGGGUUCCAGCUCAAAAAGUGCUCCUGGUUCUGUAUCUGAUUCUGUACAUCAUAUUGUUCGUUUUGGGAUACCAUUGGAUGGAUUUCUUGUUUCUAAUCUUUUUUCAUCCUGUCAUCAUUUACUUCAUACCAGUCGUUAGUAGCUAUGCACGCCAAAAUUAGACAUUCUACAUAGAAAAUGAUAACUCACUAUUAUCUACUGUGGGUUAAAAUUUACGCUGCUGUGUCAUUAAAUAACUUACUUUUAUUUACUUAAUAUUUAGGUUGAAAUGUUUUUAAAUAACUUACUAUUAUCAUAGAUGAAGGAUAAGUAAGCUAUAACCUAUAUUAUUCUUGUCUCUGCUAUUAUUUACUUAAUAUUUAGGCUGCCAUGUUAUUGAAAAAGUGUUCAAAUUGAUUCAAUAACUAGCAGCUCGUAAUGUAAUGGACAACUAACUCAUCACAUAAUAAAUUAUCAUAUAUUUUUUAACAUUUUAUGAAAAACAUUAAAUUAAUAUGCUCUCUGAAAA